UCGGGAGCGCGCGCGCGCUGGAACGGGGUCGCGCCAGUUCAGGCGAGGACGGGGUCCGUCCUGAGCUGAACUCCACGUUACAAAUAGGAGCCGUGGCAUUCCAAGUGGAGCAGAGUGGAGGCACAGCGCGCCGGGGAUAAUAUUAAGUAACAGCGCGCGGGGAGUGUGCUAUUAUCCGGACAGAAGCAGACGGAGAGGACGCAAACGCACCACCGGAUCUGAACUCAACGAGCACUCAGGUGGCAGUGUUGUCCCAAAGAAAGAGCUCAGUGGAGUCUCAGCUUGUGCAGGGCGUGAUGUUUGAUGAGGGGUGUCAGGAGCAGCAGGAUUCACCUGCAGCAGGAGGAGGAGGAGGAGGAGCUGCUCCUCUGUCCUUCACGGACGACACCGUGUCCGUCCUGACCUCCAGCAACCUGCUGGCCCGCUCCCUCCUGGGCCGCACCUCCGCCAGCAAGCGCAAGGAGAGUCCAGGGAGCUGCAACCGGCGAAAGCGCGAGUUCAUCCCGCACGAGAAGAAGGACGAGGGCUACUGGGACAAGAGGAGGAAGAACAACGAGGCGGCCAAGCGCUCGCGGGAGAAGCGGCGCGUGAACGACAUGGUGCUGGAGAGUCAGGUGCUGGCGCUGCUGGAGGAGAACGCUCGCCUCAGAGCGGAGCUGCUGGCCCUGAAGUUCCGCUUCGGCUUGGUUAAAGAUCCCUCCAACACGCCCAUCCUGCCCCUCACAGCGGCUCCUCAAACCUUAACUCCUCACUACUACCUCCACAAAGAAGAGGAAAGUGUGCAAAGCUCGUCUGCACCGCAUCCCAGCAGCACACAGUCCAGCGCCAGGACCUCUCGGGAGCCCGCGCACGCCUCCGAGGACUCAGGUUUCUCCACACCCGGUGGGUCCAGUGUGGGCAGCCCAGUCUUCUUUGAGGACCGGCUGGCCGACCACGAGAAGUUUUACCCACACAGAGGAGAGGAGCUGGGCUACGACCUCCAUCACUCACCUCCCGACGCCCACCACAACGCCGAGCUCAGUGGAGGCAGGCUGGACCAAGCCGAGGCCAUGAAAAACCUCCCUCACAAGCUCCGAUUCAAGAUACCCGGGAGCGGCGAGGCAGCCGAGGCCGACUGCGCCAGGCGCAGCCCCACGUUCUCUGCCGCCGGACGGGGCGCCAAAGGAACGAGCGGCGGCGAGGCGGGACCGGCGCCCUGCUCGUGGCUCCAGCAGCUGGAAGGGGAGGAGAGCAAAAAGGAGAAGCAGUCCCCUCAUUAUCAAGCUUCCGCCGCCUGCUACAACCUCCACUCUCCUCCCACUCAAGGACACAGUGAGGUCCCGAAUGAAAACUCUUUCCUGAAGACUCAGCUCAGCUCUCUCAGCGAGGAGGUGGCUCAGCUGAAGAAGCUUUUCACUGAGCAGCUCAUGGCCAAAACCAACUGAUGACCAAAGUUUGACAACAUCUGGACUUUGAAUAAAAAACUUUAAAGCAGGGGUGUCAAACUCAAUCGCACAGGGGGCCAAAAUCCCAAACACACCUUAGGUUGCGGGCCGAAAAGGAUAAACAUUUAUUGGACACUCUAAAACUACA